UACCCUCUCCUCUCCCCUCCGUUUCGCUCUCUGAAUAAGUGCAACUCUAAAGAGUAGACCCUUGUAAAAACCUUUCGACAUAAAACACUCCAAAUUGUUGAAUCCACAACGCCGUCUUCCCCUUCUCCCGUCAGUUUCAGUUUAUAUACUCUACCUUAAAGUUUCCACGCUGGAAUGGGAGAUAGUGAAGCCUUAGUUGCCGACUCAUCAGCAAUUAUGGGUUAUACAUCAGCGGCCUAUAACUCUACUGGUCCUGGUGCUUACCCCUCUGAGGCUACUGGAGAUCCUACUGCUUCUGGUGCUCCUGCAGACGGAGCUUAUGCUGCAUCUGGUGGUGACCCUAAUUCUGCUGGUCAAGAGGGCCAAAUCAGUGCAAUCUAUGACAGUAAGCCAGCUGGUGGAUCCAAAGAUGAGAAUGCUGCUGAUACUGGAAAUACAGCAGAUGCAUCUAAAGUUGCUGGUUACAGUUCUUUAAAUGGAAAUGCUGUCAAUGAAGCAGGAAAUGCCACGACAGCUGAGAAUGGAAAUGUUUUUGAUAAUGUGCGUGGUGCUUCUGCUGCACCAGAGUUUGUGGAUGGUUCUGUGCCACCUAUGUCUGGUGAAGAAGAACGUUUGUGGAGUAUUGUGAGAGCUAAUUCUUUGGAUUUUAAUGCUUGGACUACACUGGUUGAGGAGACAGAGAAGGUCGCAGAGAACAAUAUACUGAAAAUUCGGAAGGUUUAUGAUGCUUUCUUGGCCGAGUUUCCUUUGUGUUAUGGUUACUGGAAAAAGUAUGCAGAUCAUGAAGCACGCAUAGGCUCCAUGGACAAAGUUGUGGAGGUUUAUGAAAGAGCAGUUCAGGGAGUGACAUAUUCUGUAGACAUCUGGGUGCUAUAUUGUGCAUUUGCCAUAGAAACGUAUGGAGAUCCAGAUACGAUCCGAAGGCUUUUUGAACGAGGAUUAGCAUAUGUUGCAACUGAUUAUCUAUCUUUCCCCCUUUGGGAUAAAUACAUUGAAUAUGAAUACAUGCAUCAGGAGUGGAGUCGCCUUGCUGUCAUUUAUACUAGAAUAUUGGAGAAUCCUAAUCAACAGCUAGAUAGGUAUUUUAACAGUUUUAAAGAGUUGGCUGGAAGUCGACCUUUGCCAGAAUUAAGGACUGCUGAGGAAGCUGCUGCCAAUGCAUCGGCUGUAGUUUCAGAGGCUGAUGGACAAGUAAAUGAGGGAGAGGUUCAUCCUGAUGUUGCAGAACAAACUCCUAAACCUGUAACUGCUGGCUUCACAGAAGCAGAAGAGUUGGAGAAGUAUGUUGCCAUUAGAGAGGAGCUAUAUAAGAAAGCUAAAGAGUUCGAUUCUAAGAUCCUUGGUUUUGAAACAGCUAUUAGAAGGCCUUACUUUCAUGUGCGGCCCCUCAAUAUUGCGGAGCUUGAAAAUUGGCAUAACUACCUGGAUUUUAUAGAAAGAGAGGGUGACUUCAAUAAGGUAGUCAAAUUAUAUGAAAGGUGCCUAAUAGCCUGUGCCAAUUAUCCUGAAUACUGGAUCCGAUAUGUUUUGUGUAUGGAAGCCAGUGGAAGUAUGGAUCUUGCUGAUAAUGCACUUGCGCGUGCAACACAAGUCUUUGUCAAGAGGCAACCAGAGAUCCAUCUUUUUGCUGCUCGAUUCAAGGAGCAGAACGGGGACAUAUCAGGUGCUCGAGCUGCGUAUCAACUUGUUCACAGUGAAAUUUCACCUGGUCUUCUUGAAGCAAUUAUUAAGCAUGCAAAUAUGGAAUGCCGUCUGGGGAAACUUGAAGAUGCCUUCUCUUUAUAUGAGCAAGCCAUUGCCAUUGAAAAGGGGAAAGAGCAUUCUCAAACAUUACCAAUGCUGUAUGCUCAGUACUCUAGAUUUAUAUACUUGGUUUCUGGAAACGCAGAGAAGGCUAGGGAAAUUCUAACUGGAGCACUUGACCAAGUCCAACUGUCUAAACCAUUCCUUGAGGCAUUAAUACAUUUUGAAACGAUUUUGCCACCACCAAGGCAGAUUGAUUAUUUAGAAUCACUAGUUGACAAGUUUAUAGCCCCGAACUCAGAUGGCAGUGCUGCAGACAGGGAAGAUCUAUCUAGCAUAUUUUUGGAGUUCUUGAGUCUCUUUGGAGAUGUGCAGUCCAUUAAAAGGGCAGAAGAUCGGCAUGCUAAGCUGUUUUUACCUCAUAGGCCCAUGUCGGAAUUAAGAAAACGUCAUGCUGAAGACUUUUUGUCAUCAGAUAAGACAAAGUUGGCAAAAUCUUACUCUGGUGCCCCUUCACCUGGCCAGUCUUUGAUGGGUGCCUAUCCAAAUGCGCAAAACCAGUGGCCAGCUGGUUAUGCUGCACAGCCUCAAACUUGGCCACCCACUACUCAGGCACAGGCACAGGCACAACCAUGGACUCCUGGCUACAGCCAACAGGCUGCAUAUGGUGCAUAUAGUAGUUAUGGUAGUAAUUACGCCACUCAACAAGUACCCACAUCAGUUCCACAAAGUGCUGGUUAUGGUGCUUAUCCAACAACAUAUCCUGUUCAGACGUUUCCUCAACAAAGUUAUGCUCAACCAACUGCUGCCACAACGUUAACCCCAGCUCAGCAACCUGCCGCAACAGCUCCUCAGAGUUAUUAUGGGACUUACUAUUGAGAUGGCAAUAACAUGGUCGCCUAAUUUUUUUUUUUUCUCAUUGAUCAUCUGUAUGCUUAACCUGACCUGUAACUGCUGUUUCUAACUUGCAGUUAGCCAAGGUGGACAGUUUUGGGGUUGUGGGUGGGGUAGAUCAUGUUGAGAGUAGGAAUCUGACAGUGGUAAAAAAUUGUACUGUAGUAGGUAUUGUGGUCUAUUUUUGUGAUUUGAUUUUAGAUAUUUUUGUGAAACUUGUACAAAUGUUAGUAAUUUAUGGGAUCAGAUCUGCAGUUGUGUUUCCAAUGGGACAGAGAGCGGUGAAAAGGAAAAACAAGAUUAGCUUCCUUGCUUGGCGCAAACA